UAACACUCUUGUCACUGAAGAUCCACAUUACCACCACAAGCACCAACAAAUGGACAAUCCUCCUCCGCCAGCGAUUACUUAUACCGCCGCUGGUCUUGCCACCGUAGUGCUAAUCCUCCUCUCUCGCCGCCUUUUCGGCCGUAAACUAAAACUUCCACCAGGCCCAAAACCAUGGCCUAUAAUCGGAAACUUCAACCUUAUAGGUCCACUUCCCCACCGCUCCCUUCACGAACUUGCCAAGAAAUAUGGACCCAUUAUGCAGAUCAAAUUUGGGUCAAUCCCCGUGGUUGUAGGCUCUUCCGCUGAAGUGGCUGAAGCCAUCCUCAAAACCCAUGACAUUAGCCUUGCUGAUCGGCCCAAAAUCGCUGCAGGUAAAUACACCACCUAUAAUUACUCAGACAUUACAUGGUCACAGUAUGGGCCUUAUUGGAGCCACCUGCGCAAGUUUUGCAACAUGGAAAUUUUUAGUCCAAAACGCCUUGAUUUUUACCAGCAUGUGCGUGUAGAGGAGCUGCAUUCCCUGCUAAAAAGUCUUUACAAGACGAGUGGAACUCCUUUCAAAACGAGAGAGAAGUUCUCAGACUUGAGUCUUAGUGUGAUUAGUCGGUUGGUGUUAGGGAGAAACUACACACUUGAAUCGGAAAAAGGGAAGGGAGUGUAUACACCACAUGAGUUUAAGAAAAUCUUAGAUGAGUUGUUUGUGCUUAAUGGGGUGUUGGAAAUAGGGGAUUGGAUCCCUUGGCUCUCUUACUUCGAUUUGCAAGGGAACAUCAAGAAAAUGAAGGCUGUGGCCAAAAAGGUUGACAGGUUUAUAGAGCAUGAACUGGAGGAACACGAUGCUAGGAGAAAUGGGGUUAAGAACUAUGUGGCUAAGGAUAUGAUGGAUAUCCUCUUACAACUUUCCGAUGAUCCUAGUCUUGAUGUCGAAUUCGGAAGAACCGGAGUGAAGGCCCUCACGCUGGACUUGAUUGCGGGCGGAACUGAGAGCACUGCAGUGACAGCAGAAUGGGCGCUGGCCGAGCUUUUGAAGAAGCCAGAGAUUUUUGAGAAGGCAACAGAAGAGCUAGAUAGAGUAAUCGGAAGAGAGAGAUGGGUAGAAGAAAAAGACAUCGUUGACUUACCUUAUGUUACUGCAAUCAUGAAGGAGACCAUGCGUCUACACAAUGUGUCGCCAUUACUGGUCCCAAGAGUUGCCCGUGAAGACGUUCAAAUUUCUGGCUAUGAUAUUCCAAAAGGCACUGUUGUGAUGGUGAAUGUGUGGACCAUUGGGAGGGAUCCUAAGAUAUGGGACAACCCUAAUGAAUUUUGUCCGGAGAGAUUUCUCGGUGAGGAGAUUGAAGUUGAAGGUCAAAAUUUUAAGCUAAUGCCCUUCGGAGCUGGCAAGAGGAUUUGCGUAGGGUACCCUCUUGGGUUAAAGAUAAUUCAAUCGAGUGUGGCAAAUCUCUUGCAUGGAUUUAAUUGGAAAUUGCCUAAAGGCAUGAAGAAAGAGGACUUGGAUAUGGAAGAAAUCUUCGCACUUUCUACUCCCAAGAAGAACCCGCUUGUCGCUGUUGCUGAGCCUCGACUUCCGCCGCAUCUCUACUCCGUGUAAAUGGAAUAUUAUUAGCUUGUUUCAGCCUUUCUCUCUCGAAAUAAUACUAGUAUUGUCUUGUGUU